AUGGAUUCGAGAACAGUAGCUCAACUAACGCAUAUUUUAAGUGAAGAAGCUCAAAUGAUAUCGGACGAACUUAGACAUAAUGGUCAUAAUGUUUAUCCCGAUAUGUUAGCUGCAAAACUAGAUGGACUUGUAACACGAAUGAAAUAUGAAAUGCGUAAUAAGAGUCUUGAUACAUCAACAUAUGAAUUUCCUAUUUUUAAUCUAUCACAUGGUGCAACAAGUUAUCCUGAUCCAAUCGAUAGUAUAUAUGAUAAACAUGUUAAUAAAGCUUAUUAUCCUGAAAAUAAAAAAAAUCACCGAAAAUCAUCAACUACAGAGCAAAAACCUAAAUCAAUAGCGAAAACACGUUCAAAUUCAUCAUCAUAUUCAACGAAUUUACAACCAGUACGAGAUGUCGAUGAAGAAGAAGAAGAGGCAAUUACUGAUCAAUAUUCAAAAAUAUCACAUAAAUCUCGUCGUGAUGC